CCUGGCGCCCCCUCCCUCCGCUCCUGCUGCUGUGACUGCUGUUUGUGCCGAUCGGGCGCAGCGAUGAGGCAAAACCGUGGCAAAUCCGCCUUAAAACACCCCUUAUAGCUCGGUUUUCACUGCUCCCUGGGGCCGAUGCUGCACCGCGGAGCUCUGGGGCCCGUUUCGCAGUGAAUGUAGCCGGGGAGCAGGAGGUUUUUGUCGGGGGGCCCGGCGCCGCUGCUGCUGCUGCUUUUCGGGAGACGGAGAACAACAUGGCGGCCGCGGAGCUGGAGUGGAUCCCAGAAUCUCUCUACAACACGGCGAUUUCUGCCGUGGUGGACAACUACAGCCGCUCCAGAAGAGACAUACGCUCCCUGCCCGAAAAUAUCCAGUUCGAUGUGUAUUACAAGUUGUACCAGCAGGGCCGGCUCUGUCAGCUCGGGGGAGAGUUCUGUGAGCUCGAGGUGUUCGCUAAAGUGCUGCGAGCGUCCGAUAAAAGACACCUCCUGCAUCACUGUUUCCAGGCGCUGAUGGACCACGGCGUCAAAGUAGCGUCCGUUCUGGCCAAUUCCUUCAGUCGCCGUUGCUCGUACAUCGCGGAGUCGGACGCUCACGUCAAGGAGAAGGCCAUUCAGUUCGGCUUCGUGCUCGGCGGGUUCCUGUCUGACGCGGGCUGGUACGGAGAUGCAGAGAAGGUGUUUUUGUCGUGUCUUCAGCUCUGCUCUCUCCACAGUGAAGUGCUCCACUGCUUCAGAGCCGUCGAGUGCUGCGUCAGGCUGCUCCACGUGCGUAACGGUAACUGCAAGUACCACCUGGGGGAGGAGACGUUCAAACUGGCGCAGUCGUUCAUGGACAAGCUGUCGACUCACGGACACCAGGCCAACAGGGCGGCGCUCUACGGAGAACUCUGUGCCUUGCUCUUCGCCAAAAGCCACUACGAUGAGGCUUACAGGUGGUGUAUAGAGGCGAUGAAGGAAAUAACUCCAGGGCUGCCUGUUAAAGUAGUAGUAGAUGUUCUGCGACAGGCCUCAAAGGCCUGUGUCGUGAAGAGAGAAUUCAGAAAAGCAGAACAGCUGAUCAAACAUGCAGUCUUUUUAGCCAGGGAACAUUUUGGUCACAAACAUCCCAAGUAUUCAGACACGCUGCUAGACUACGGCUUUUACUUACUAAAUGUAGACAAUAUUUGCCAAUCAGUUGCAAUUUACCAGACAGCGCUGGACAUUAGGCAGUCGGUCUUCGGGGGUAAAAACAUCCACGUGGCCACAGCUCACGAGGACCUGGCCUACUCCUCGUACGUGCACCAGUACAGCUCCGGCAAAUUCGACAACGCCCUGUUUCAUGCAGAACGUGCCAUAGACAUCAUCACCCACAUUCUGCCAGAGGACCACCUGCUGCUGGCCUCCUCCAAGAGAGUCAAAGCUCUGAUUCUGGAGGAAAUCGCCAUCGACUGCCACAACAAAGAGACAGAAGAGCGCCUCCUGCAGGAAGCCCACGACCUGCACCUGUCCUCGCUGCAGCUCGCCAAGAAGGCCUUCGGAGAGUUCAACGUCCAGACCGCCAAACACUACGGCAACUUGGGACGGCUCUACCAGUCCAUGAGGAAGUUUAAGGAGGCGGAGGAGAUGCACAUAAAGGCGAUCCAGAUAAAGGAGCAGCUGUUGGGGCACGAGGAUUAUGAGGUGGCCCUGUCUGUGGGGCACCUGGCGUCUCUCUACAACUACGACAUGAACCAGUACGAGGACGCCGAGAGACUCUACCUGCGCUCCAUCGCCAUCGGGAAGAAGUUGUUCGGGGAGGGCUACAGCGGUCUGGAGUACGACUACAGGGGCCUCAUCAAACUCUACAACUCGGUGGGAAACUUCGAGAAGGUUUUCGAGUAUCACAACGUCCUGUCCAACUGGAACCGCCUCAGAGACAGACAAUUCGCCGUGGCCGACGCGCUCGAAGACGUCAACAACACGCCGCAGCAGACGCAGGAGGUGGUCCAGGCCUUUCUACUGGCCCAGACCCACGGCCCCACUCGACCCUGCCUCGCGUAAACUUAAAAAAAAAAAAAAAAAACUCCACGAAAAAGAGGGAAUUUACAUGAAGAAAUAAAGACAAAACAAAAAAAUAAACGCUGGAUUUGUGUUUGAAAAUGUUUGGGUGGAAGACGACACUUUGGAGGAUUCACAAAGAUGGUAAAAGUACACGAAGUUGCGUUCACGUGACAAUGCAAAAUUAAAAACUCCCGAUAGUUUUACGGUGGAGUUUCGCUGUGUAAAAGUCAGAUUUCAGAUGUUUUGACCUGGUUUGUGGUUCGUGUUUCUCUGUAAUUCCGGAAAAUAUUCACAGAAAACAAAAAACUGGCACAAAGUUCAGCCUCUUCAACAAAAGUCACAUGUUUUAUUUCACAUUCUCUUCAGAAAGUGGUGCUAAAUUAUUCAUUGUCUGGAAUGUUCCGCCGAGUCGCAUUACAUUAUUAUUUUUAUCUCUACGGGAGAAAAUCAGCCAGAACAUUAUGACCACCGGUGGAAUAGUGCAGAAGAUGGACUAAAACAGGACUAAAAUCAGGACUUAAAACCAGGUCUGAAUCAGAUCUGAACUAUGUCUGAACCCGGACUAAACCAGGUUUGAUCCAGGUCUAAAGCCAGGUCAAAACCAGGUCUGAUCGAGGACUAAAACCAGGAGUAAAACCAGGUCUGAACCAGGUCUAAACCAGGACUAAAACUAGGUCUAAACUAUGUCUAAACCAGGACUAAACCAGGUUCAAACCAGGUGUCAAACCAAGUCUGAUCCAGAACUAAACCAGGUCUGAUCCAGGACUAAGGCAGGUCUGAAAUCAUGUCUAAAAUCAUGUCUAAAAUCAGGUCUAAAACCAGGUCUAAAACAAGUCUGAUCCAGUUCUGAACCAGGACUAAAACCCGGUCUAUACCAGGUCCAAAACCAGGUCUAAACCAGGUCUGAUCCAGGACCGAACCAGGUCUCGAACCAGGUCUCGAACCAGGAUUAAAACCAGGUCUGAUCCAGGACUAAACCAGAUCUGAACCAAGUCUAAACCAGGACUAAACCAGAACUAAAACCAGGUCUGAACCACAAUUGAACGAGGACUAAAACGAGGUCUGAACUACAUCUAAAACCAGAUCGAAAACCAGGUUGAAUGCCAUGUCUAAACCAGAACUAAACCAGGACUAAAAUCUGGUCUUAAACCAGGUCUAAAAAAGAACUUAACCAGGUCUAAAACCAGGUCUGAUCCAGGUCUUAUUAAAUAAAUUAAUGGCCUGUGAAAUGAUUUUAGAUUUUUCUGUUCACACUCUGUUUUCACACAGACGGAGACGAGGCUUUUGUGCCGUUUUUUUUGUUUCUGUCGUGUUUCGGUUCUGGAAUCCAAGGGACUCGAACCACAAACCAGCUCGACGAGUCCACAGCUCAACUCCUGCGGCAGAAACGACGCUCUCUCUUAACUCCAUCCCCAGACAUUUUAGCCUCAAGCAGCUACGGACGGCAACUCCGACGGGACGAAACAACAGUGAAGAAAUUUAACAAAAAAAACAAAAAACUACAACUUUUUUUGGACGAACUACAAUUUCUUUGCGUAGCUUUCCGUUGCCAUGACUACGAAACUACACGAUCUCGUUAAAGAAAAAAAACGAAGAUCUGUACAUUUAAAACACAGAUUGUACCUUUGGAUUAAUAUUUCUUUGCAAAAACAAAAAACGGACUAGAAAACUGCUUUUUGCAAAUUUUUUCGGUGGAUUUGAGACUCUGAAAAAGGAAUGUCAUAAAAAUGGUGAGUUGUUACACGAGUUUUUUCAUGUUUUUUCCAGCGCUGAACUGACACAGACACAAUAAAAACGCCAAUAAUUUAUAUGCAAAGAUGUGUAUGUCCGACGUAGCCCGCGCUUUUAUCACCCGACGAAACGGGGAUCGAAAAAAAAAGAGUUUUAAGUGUUUAAGAUGUGAUGAGAGCGGAGACGGACGGAGAACACGAGGAUCAGACACAACAUUAUGACCACCGGAGAUGGACUAAAACAGGUCUGAACCAGGACUCAAACCAGGUCUAAACAAGGACUCAAUAAAAACUAAACCAGGACAAAAACUAGGUCUAAACCAGGUCUAAACAAGGACUGAAUAACAACUAAACCAAGUCUGAACCAGGACUAAACGAGGACUAAACCAGCACUAAAUUAGGUCUAAAAAAGGACUGUAUAAAGACUAAACCAGGACAAAAACAAUUCUGACCCAGGACUAAAAUCAGCUCUGAAUGAGGACUAAACUAGGACUAAAACAGGUCUAAACAAGGUUCAAAUCAGGUCUAAACAAAGACUGAAUAACAACUAAACCAGGUCAGAACGAGGACUAAAUUUGGACAAAAAACAGGUCUGAACCAGGUCUAAACCAAGUCUAAACUAGGUGUAAACCAGGUCUGAAUAAAGACUAAACCAUGACUAAAAUCAGGUCUAAACCAGGUCUGACCCACGUCUGAACCAGGUCUAAACAUGGUCCAAAUCAGGUCUAAACAAGGACUGAAUAAAGACUAAACCAGGACAAAAACCAGGCCUGAACUAGGUCUAAACCAAGUCUUAAACUAGAUCUAAACCACAUCUAAACCAGUACUAAACCAGAUCUAAAAUCAGGUCUGAACCAGGUCUAAACCAGUUCUGAAUAAGAACUAAACCAGAACUAUAAAACUAAACUGGACAGAUCCAGGAGUAAAAAAUAGAACUGAACUGCAUCUAAACCAGGUCUAAACAGUGACUAAAACAGGUCUAAACUUGGUCUAAACUUGGUCUAAACUGAAUAAGAACUAAACCGAGACUAAAACAGGUCAGAUCCCGGAUUAAAAUGGAAUGAAAGAGUCUAAAACAGGUCUAAACUUGGUCUAAAUUAGGUCUAAAAGAGGUCCAAACCAAGACUGAAUAAAGACUAAACCAUGACUAAAAUCAGGUCUGAACCAGAACUAAACCAGGUCUGAGAAUCACUGAGUCAGGACUAAACACCAGGUCUAACACCAGGUCUAACACCAGGUCUAACACCAGGUCUAACACCAGGUCUAACCCAGUAUUAAACCAGGACAAAGGACUAGGCUAGGACUAAACCAGGACUUACUUGGCUCUAACCCAGUUUUAACACAGGACUGAUCCAGGACUCAAGAUCUACAUAGGACUAGAUCAGGACUAACCCAGGUCUCAUUUUCCUGCUUGUGCGGCACAGACUUUGAGUAUUAAAGAUCCAGACUCUGUGAGGAUCUGAGUGGUCAUAAUGUUUUGUCUGGUCUUUGGUCUCUGGUCUUCGGUCUUCGGUCUUCGGUCUCUGGUCCGAUUUUCUCUGAAGCUGCGUGAGCCUUUUCGAUUUAAACGAUCACUCCAUCGACCGACGUGUGAACGAAAAACACAAACACCAGAGUCCAAAAUCUCACCAGGACUUUUACCGAACAACUAACAGGUCUGAACCAGGUCUGAACCAGGUCUGAACCAGGUCUGAACCAGGUCUGAACCAGGACUAAAGUCAGGUCUGAACCAGGACUAAAGUCAGGUCUGAACCAGGACUAAAAAAAGGACUAAAGUCAGGUCUGAACCAGGUCUGAACCAGGACUAAAACAGGACUAAAGUCAGGUCUGAACCAGGACUAAAACAGGCUUAAAAUAGGACUAAAGUCAGGUCUGAACCAGGUCUUAACCGGGUCUAAAAUAGGACUAAAGUCAGGUCUGAACCAGGUCUGAACCAGGUCUGAACCAGGACUAAAACAGGCUUAAAAAAGGACUAAAGUCAGGUCUGAACCAGGUCUGAACCUGGACUAAAACAGGACUAAAACAGGCUUAAAAAAGGACUAAAGUCAGGUCUGAACCUGGACUAAAACAGGACUAAAACAGGCUUAAAAUAGGACUAAAGUCAGGUCUGAACCAGGUCUAAAUCAGGACUAAAACAAGACUAAACUAGGUCUAAACCAAGACUGAACCAGGUCUGAGAAUCACUGAGCCAAGACCAAACCAGAUUUAAACCAGAUUUAAACCAGGACUAAAAUCAGGACUAAACCAGGACUGAAUAAAGACUAAACUAGGUCUAAACCAAAAUUGAACCUGAGAACUGAGCCAGGACUAAACCAGGACUAAACCAGGACUGAAUAAAGACCUAACCAGGACUAAAAUUACGUCUGAAUCAGGUCUAAAAUGAGACGGAACCAGGUCUAAACCAGUUCUAAACCAGGACUAAAAUCAUGUUUGAACCAGGUCUAAACCAGGUCUAAACCAGGUCUAAACCAGGACUGAAUAAAGACUAAACUAGGUCUUAAUUCAGAUUAAAUUAUGUCUAAACCAAGAUUGAACCAGGUCUGAGAAUCACUGAGCCAGGACUAAACCAGGUCUACGCCAGGUCUUAACCAGGACUAAAAUUAGGUUUGAACUACGACUAAAACAGGAUGGAACCAGGUCUAAACCAGGUCUAAACCAGGUCUAAACCAGGUCUAAACCAGGUCUGAGAAUCACUGAGCCAGGACUAAACCAGUUCUAAACCAGGACUGAAUGAAGACCUAACCAGGAUUAAAAUCAGGACUAAACCAGGUCUUAACCAGGACUAAAACCAGGUCUAACCCAGUAUUAAACCAGGACAAAGGACUAAGCUAGAACUAAACCAGGACUAAACAAAGACCAAAAAAAUUAAACCAGGGAAUCUGACUCAAAUCCCAAACUGCCGGAAGUUUUAAAGCCGCACGAUGCAAAUUUUCUGACGUUUUUCUAGAUGUUUCCGCCAACUUCUCUCCUCGUCAACUUCCUGGAAUGUCCCACAGUACGGCAUUACACUUCUCCACGGAAACAAACACGUUACAUUUAAAAUCUACGGAGAGGCGAGCCCACUCGCACAAUUGAACCUUUUUCUGCUUUUCAAGACGUCAAAAACACCUGUACUGCCGUCGAAUAAAGCGAGAUAAACUUAAUGCCACACUGCGGAACAUUUCAGGCAGCCUCUGUGUAAACGAGGAAGAGCGUAGCCUUCACCAGAAAAGUUACAGAGUGCAGCUUUAAAAGAGAAAAUAGACGAAAAAUGUCCAUGUAAGCUCCAAAAACCAAGUCACAGCCGCCUCCUCGUACGACGACGACAACCUGCCUCUGAAAGUGCGUACGGCGGAUUUUACCAGUCUAAUUUUGAUUUAAUUUUGUGGAUAACAUUUGUUUUUGAAAAUAUAAUUGUAGUUUUGCACCAGUCGAGAAGCAAAUUGUGAAGAAAAGUUGAAAAAUACGUGGAAAUUUACAGGAAAUAGAGAGUAAAGUGACGUUAACAGCCCUGAAGAGUACACACUGUACGACACGAAUUUUACUAAAAACACAAAUUUAAAUCGCUGUUUUUGUUUUUUAUGGUUUUGAAAACAGGUCCAGGUCCUUUAAGAUGUUGCUAAACUAAAAAAAAUCCCAUGUUUUUUUUUUUGUUUGUUUUUUUAGGUUUAAAAUUUUAAUCAUGACGUCAUCACACUAGGGAGUUUCGUAAUGAACAGAUGUGCCUCAGAAAUUAUAAUUUGGCAAAUAAAAAUAUAAGAAAACUGUUUUAUUUAGUUGAAAUUGUGUUUUAAAGUAUCAAAGUGAGUUUCUGUAAAUUGUUACGCAAAUCUCCCAGUGUGAAGUGGGAUCAGUGUGGGACUCUCAGCUUUCUAUCUUUUUUUUUCAUAUUUUUCAAGUUUUUUUUGACAGUUUUUUAGGUUUAAAAUCACACUAGGGAGUUUCGUAACCGUUUCGUAGCAAUCAUAAUGUACAAAUUGGCCUCAGAAAUUAUAAUUUGGCAAACAAAAAUAUAAGAAAACACUUUCAUUUUGUUGAAAUCGUGUUUAAAAUAUCAGAAAAAGUGCGUUUCUGUAAAUUGUCACAUAAAGUGAGAUCAGUGUGGGACUUUUUCACCUUUCUGUAAUUUUUUUUCAUAUUUUUUAUGUUUUUUUGCCUGUUUUUUAGGUUUAAAAUUGUACUUUAAAUCUUGACGUCAUCACACUAGGGAAUUUCGUAACCGUUUGGUAGCAACCGUAACAAACAAAUGGGACAAAAUUCUUCAGAAAUUAUAAUUUGGCAAACAAAAAUAUAAGAAAACAGUUUCAUUUUGCUGAAAUCAUCUUUAAACUGUGAAGAUUUGUGUAACGUGCGAUCAGUGUGGGGCUCUUUCUACUUUCUCAAAUUUUUUUUUGGAUGAUUUUUAGGGUUAAAGUCUCACUAGGGAGUUCCGUCACAGUUUCCUAGGAAACGUAACGAACAAAUGGGCCUCAGAAAUUAUAAUUUGGCAAACAAAAAUCUAAGAAAACACUUUUAUUUAGCUGAAAUCGUGUUUUAAAAUAUCAGAAAAAGUGCUUUUUUUUAUGUAAAUUAUUAUGCAAAUCUCCCAGUGUGAAGUGCGAUCAAUGUGGGACUUUCUCAGUUUUCUGUAAUUUAUUUUUUCAUAUUUUUCAUGUUUUUUUGGCCAUUUUUUAGGUUUUAAAUUGUACUUAAAAUCAUGUCAUCAUCGCAGUUGGGAAUUUCAUAACCGUUUCCUAGCAACCGUAAUGAACAAAUGGGCCAAAAAUCUUCAGAAAUUAUAAUUUGACAAACAAAAAUAAAAGAAAACACUUAUUUAGUUGAAAUUGUUUUUAAAAUAUCAGAAAAGGUGUGUUUAAGUAAAUUGUAAUGCAAGUCUCCCAGUGUGAAGUGCGAUCAAUGUGGGACUUUUGGCAAUUUUUUUCAUAUUUUUAAAAAUUUUUUGCCAUUUUUUUAGGUUUAAAAUUGUACAUCCAGAACUGUUUCCUAGCAACCGUAACAUACAAAAGGGACAAAACUCUUCAGAAAUUAUAAUUUGACAAACAAAAAUAUAAGAAAACACUUUUAUUGAGCUGAACUUGUGUUUAAAAUAUCUGAAAAAGUAACGUACAAAUGGACCAAAACUUCUCAGAAAUUGUGGGACUCUCUCUAUUUUCUGUCAUUUUUAACGGAUUUUUCAACUUUUCUUCACAAUUUGCUUCGUGUUUGGUGUAAAACUUUAACUUAAAUUUCCAGCAGGUGUAAAAUCCCGUCAAAAUUAGACUGCGUUUAAAAAAAACAAAAACCCGUCAUGCGCACUUUAAAACAUUUCGCCGAGACGAGGUUUCCGGGGUCUCUACGGCGUAAUCGCGGAAGGGCAUCUGAGUUUGUUUGUUUGGUUUUUUUUGGGCGGGUGAAAAGGCGAGACGGUGCUUUGCUCUCGCCGUGUGUCAAACUCUGGAGUACCACUGUUGUCCUGUUACUGCUUCACUGUUGCCGCAAAACAAUAAACUUAUUUCAUGUCACGAAA